UCAAGUGUUUGGUUUAUUUACCAAAAAACAUGCUCGCCAUAAAACUCGAACUGAAGGAGGAGGACGAAGUUCUGGAGCUGAAUGGCACAAAAAUCGAACAUGUGGUCAAGACGGAACCAAAUUUGGCAGAUCUGAAUUUCUCCCUGAACAGUAGCGACCAAAUUUUCCAAGCGAAUAGUCCUUUACCUUUCGAAUUUAAAUGUGGAGAGUGCGAUUAUGUUAGCCAUUUAAGACAGUGUCUCGUAUCGCAUUGCAUUUCCGAUCAUAAUUGGAGCAGGACACUGGCAGUACAACUGUCGCAUCCCUUGUAUAAGUGUGACAAGUGUGCGUAUGUGAGUAACACGAAAGACAACUUAAUGACACACAGUGAGCGCCAUGUUCGCAGAAAUUUCAAAUGUACCUUGUGUCCUUUUGUCGCCAAUCGACAGUCCUCUCUAAAACGUCACCUGGCAAGACACACAAACUUGCAACUGCUUCACUGUGAACAUUGUGACUACAUGGUCAAAUCAAAGAGUAGUCUUCAAGCUCACUUACUAAGCCACAAUAAUCCACCCGGCAACAAUUACCAGUGUGAUCAAUGCGAAUUCACAACAAAAUGGAAAAAAAGCCUAAGCAAACACUUGAUAAUCCAUAGCUCCACGACCUACAAGUACAAGUGCGACCAGUGUGACUACCAGACAAGGUGGAAGAACAACAUCACACAACACAACGUUAGACACAACCCCACAAGUGUGGAUUACAAAUGUGAACAUUGCGAUUACACAACGAAAUUAAAACAGUACUUCAUGCGACACAUCGCAAUUCACAACGUAUCCAAACCAAGCUACCAGUGCGCCAAGUGUAACUUUUUAACCCACAGAAAAGACAGCUUACGGUCACACAUUCUGAAACACACCACGACUACGUGCUACAAGUGUCACCUCUGCGAUUACACGACGAAACUGAGGCAUUAUCUUAAACUGCACUCGAUCGUGCAUAAGGAAUCCGGCGAGGAGUUUAAGUGCGAAAAAUGCGCUUACAGUACGAGAAGAAAGGCGAAUUUGUACCAGCACCAAACGAAGCAUAACUCGUCCGGGCAUAAGUGCGAGUUGUGCGAUUUCGAGACCAAGUGGAAGCACUGCCUUAAGAAUCAUCUCAAGAUACACAGGCGAAAUUGUGAUACGUAGACUUUUUUAAUAAAGUUGUGAGACCUUGA